CUUCAUUCUUCAGAUAUAAAAAACCAGGUAGUCCUUUAACCUACUAGGCAACUCAUCGCAUGUUUAAAGUGGGUAGUAAUAAAACUCGAACAGGCCUAUUCCCACUUCUCCACCUAGUCUAGGUGGGGAGUACGGCUUGCCGCCAUUGCUCAUUCUUUAUUCUUGCGAGGCAACGAACGCACGUAAAUUCAGAAUUAAAAAUUCAAAAUCGUGAAAAUGCCUAAACGUAGUGCAGAAGAAAAAAUAGCGCACUAUACGCGAAAAAUCCAAAGAAUACAAGAAAAGAAACUCAAACGUAUUCAACAAGUUUCAACAGUGUUGCCAAAUUCUUCAGACUCUGAAGAAAAAUCAGACCACGAAGAUGCUUCGGCGUUCGAAAAUGUUAAUGAAGAACCUGAAGGGUCUGCCGCAAAUUCGAAUGAGGAGACUCCACCGCCACCUCAAACUGAGGCAGGUGACGCCGAAACAGUCCCUGUAAUAGACGCGGAGUUACUGACCGCUCUUGGGGAGGCCACGGACGAGGCUCCCAAAUAUGGUGAACAAAUUCAUCCGGAUUUGGCUCAAAGAUGGCUGCCUAUAUUACGUAAAGGUAUGGACAAAAAUGCCAAGGACGAACUGAUCAAAGAGUACAGUAUACCAGAAAACUGUAAACUACUAAGAGCUCCGUCAUUAAAUGCCGAGAUCUCCGCGGCUGUUACAGACAUAGCCAGAGGUCGUGAUAAGAAAAUCGAAGCAGAACAACAGCUCUUAGGCGUGGGCCUAUCCGCUAUAAAUAGAGCCAUGACCUUACUUUUAACUACCGACGACAAACAAAGUAAGGUCCGAGCGAUAAAAACCCUAUCUGACGGAUGUCGCAUCUUAUCCGACCUUCAUUUCUUACAGUCGCAGGCCAGAGUGAAACUAGUCACUCCAGGCUUAGAUAAGGUCUUCCUUAAUCUGAUCCAAGAUGUUGAGAGAGAUGAGGCCCUGUUCGGCAGCAAACUGUCCGAAAAAAUCAAGGCAUCGAAAGCGAUCGAAAAACAAAGCUCUCAGAUUAAGAAGACUGUCGCGACACCAGCCACAAGUACAUUCCAGGCUGCGGGCCCAUCCUACGCUCGAUACCGGGGAAACUGGUCGAGGCCCGCUCGCUUCCAACCGACGAGCCGACGGGGGCGCGGCGGGCCACGCUGGAGCGCGCCGGCAGCUCCGAGGUCGACGGCGCCGGCCAGCGCGCAGACGCAGCCCAAGGCAGCUUACACCAGGCCACGUGCACCAGCGCGCCAGUAACACAGAAUUCGAAGUCAGAAAUUCACCCAGUUUACCCUGGCGGCCGCGAAGCUCUCCGGCGCGCGUUUUCAAGUAGAGGGACCCCCGACGCGUCACUGAGCCUCAUGCUGGCUUCCAUUUCGGAAAACACACUACGUCAGUAUGACGUAUCUUUUAAAUUAUGGUGGAAAUUUUGUAUUAAUAAUAAUUUAAAUUUUUAUGAGGGUUCCAUUUCCGCUAUCCUUGGUUUUUUAACAGAGGAAUUUAAUAAAGGAGCAUCAUACGGAUCAUUAAAUAGUCACAGAUCCGCACUGUCGCUCCUACUUGGCUCUGUCAUCACCUCAGAUGACCAAAUUAAAAGAUUGUUAAAAGGUGUCUAUAAAUUAAAACCCACGAUUCCUAAAUAUAGUAAUACAUGGGAUCCUCAGAUAGUCUUAAACCAGAUAGCGUCAUGGAUCCCUAAUAAAGAAAUUUCUCUAGAAAAAUUAACUAAAAAAUUGGCGAUCUUGUUAGCAAUAUGCACUGCACACAGAGUACAGACGCUUUCAUGUAUUAAAAUAGAAAACAUUAUUGUAAACCCUAAUGGCGUCAAGAUUAUGAUUUAUGAUAUUAUUAAAACAUCAGCCGCAGGGCGUGAUCAGCCAACUUUGUUCCUACCAUAUUUCCAUGAUAACAGAAACAUAUGU